CCCUACAUCGUAUGGGUCCUACAGUUGAACUAAUCUGGUAAAGUGGGAUGGGUUUGUUUUGAAGGAAUAUCAGCCGCCUGAUCUAAAUCAACGGCAAAGAUUACGCGCGUCUACUUAUGUCAUCUGGAAACUGUGCGGCACGCACUCCCUCUCCCUGUUUUCUCCGUCUUUCCGACUCUGCGGUCGCCCGGUGGUGGAGCAAGAAACCCUAAAAACGCACGACGAAACCAGUCCUUGUCGAACUCUUCUCUUGAGUGCAAUUUUUUGGCAGUCAAAUGGAGUUCGGUUUCUUAGUUUUGCAUUUGGCGUGGUCUGAUGUUCUAGGUCCACGAAGAAAAUUACGAAAAUGAAACUUAAUGUGAGAAUCAAUUGGCAUGGUUGGAGAAUUUGUGCAGAUGGUACCUACGCUGUGAAAGCCUGUAUUGCAUUGCAAUGGAAUUGGUCUUUGAAUAGGACACUCAAUAGCUUAGCACUGUUACCGUAGAUUGGUAUGGAUGUUCAAGUGAUUGAUGUGGAAGAAGGGAUGGGUCAUCGAGGUGCAGCAGAUGAUGGAGGUGCUGAACUAAAUGGAGAUGAAGUAAAUACGGGAAAAACUUUAACAGCUCAUGAUGAGGAUGGAAAUAUUGAGCCAUACAUGGGUAUGGAAUUUGAUUCUGAAGAUGCCGCUAAGUCUUUCUACGAUGAAUAUGCUAGACGGGUGGGUUUUAGCUCCAAAGCUGGUCAGUCUAGUCGCACUCAAUCUGACGGGACAAUUGUUGCUCGGGACUUUGUUUGUGGCCGAGAGGGUUUGAAAAGAAGGCAUGCUGACAGCUGUGAUGCAAUGCUCAGGAUAGAGUUAAAUGGUGAAGACAAGUGGGUUGUGUCAAAAUUUGUUAAGGACCAUAGCCAUUCCAUGGUGAGUCCAAGUAAGGUCCAUUACCUCCGGCCUCGCAGACAUUUUGCUGGUAAUUCAAAGACCAUUACCGAGACUUGUGAGGGUGUGGGAAUUGUUCCAAGUGGUGUUAUGUAUGUCUCUAUGGAUGGUAACCAUGUCCAAUUAGAGGCAAAUCGUGGAGUUAGGAAAACCCCUCCUGUGGAAUCAAAUCGACUGGGUAAAAACAGCGGGGCAAUGAAUUAUGUUAUUAGGCCUUGUAAUCGAAAGAUGACACUUGGAAGGGAUGCUCAGAAUUUGCUUGAAUAUUUCAAGAAAAUGCAGGCUGAGAACCCUGGAUUCUUUUAUGCUAUACAACUUGAUGAGGAUAACCGCAUGGGCAAUGCAUUCUGGGCAGAUGCAAGGUCAAGGGCAGCUUAUAAUCGUUUUGGUGAUGCUGUAAUGCUGGACACGAUGUACAGAGUAAAUCAGUAUAGAGUGCCGUUUGCUCCAUUUACUGGGGUGAACCAUCAUGGUCAGACAGUUUUGUUUGGCUGUGGAUUGCUUCUAGAUGAUUCAGAGGCCUCUUUUACGUGGCUUUUUAAGACAUUUCUUACUGCAAUGAAUGAUCGCCAACCCGUCUCUAUCAUCACUGAUCAAGACAGAGCAAUACGGACUGCAGUCUCUCAGGUGUUUCCAGAAGCCCGCCACUGUAUUAGCAAGUGGCAUGUUUUAAGAGAAGGCCAGGAGAAGCUGGCACAUGUAUGCCAUGUACAUCCUAAUUUUCAAGUGGAACUCUACAAUUGCAUCAACCUGACUGAAACAAUUGAGGAGUUUGAAUUUUCUUGGAAUUCAGUUCUUGAUAAAUAUGAUCUGAGGACAAACGAUUGGCUUCAAUCAUUGUAUAAUGCUCGUACUCAAUGGGUUCCUGUUUAUUUUCGGGAUUCCUUUUUCGCUGUUGUGUCUCCUAAUCAAGGAUUUGAUGGUUCAUUUUUUGAUGGUUAUGUGAAUCAGCAGACCACAUUGCCUAUGUUCUUUAGGCAGUAUGAAAGAGCUAUAGAUAACUCAUUUGAAAAGGAAAUAGAAGCAGAUUUUGAUACAAUUUGCACCACACCAGUACUGAGGACACCAUCACCAAUGGAAAAACAGGCUGCAAAUCUUUAUACGAGGAAAAUCUUUGCAAAAUUUCAGGAAGAACUAGUUGAAACGUUUGCAUAUACUGCCAAUAGAAUUGAAGGUGAUGGAGCUAUUAGCACAUUCAGGGUUGCAAAGUUUGAGGAUGAUCAAAAGGCAUACAUUGUCACAUUAAACUAUCCUGAGAUGAGAGCUAACUGCAGUUGUCAAAUGUUUGAGUAUUCUGGCAUUCUUUGUAGACAUGUUUUGACUGUCUUCACAGUGACAAAUGUGCUUACAUUGCCAUCCCAUUACAUAUUGAACCGAUGGACUAUAAAUGCAAAGAGUGGAGUUGGAUUAGAUGAACGUGCUGGUGAAUUACAUGGCCAAGAGUCUCUGACAUUGCGGUACAACAAUCUAUGUCGGGAGUCCAUAAAGUAUGCUGAAGAAGGGGCUACAACUGUAGAAACUUAUAAUAUGGCAAUGGGUGCUCUUAAAGAAGGUGGGAAGAAGGUUUCUUUGGUGAAGAAAAAUGUCGCAAAAGUUGCACCCCCUAGCUCUCAGGUUAGUGGGAUUGGCUAUGAUGACAGGAAGACCUCUACAUCAUCUUCAGAUAUGACCCCUCUGUUGUGGCCACGCCAAGACGAGAUGACACGACGGUUUAAUCUAAAUGAUACUGGUGCUCCUGCUCAAUCAGUUGCUGAUUUGAAUUUGCCUCGCAUGGCUCCUGUGUCUCUUCACCGAGAUGAUGGUCCUCCUGAAAACAUGGUUGUUCUUCCUUGUCUAAAGUCAAUGACCUGGGUUAUGGAGAAUAAGAAUUCAACACCGGGGAAUAGAGUAGCCGUGAUUAAUCUGAAGUUGCAAGAUUAUAGCAGAACCCCUUCAGCUGAAUCGGAGGUUAAGUUUCAGCUAUCGAGAGUAUCACUAGAACCUAUGUUGAAGUCUAUGGCCUACAUUAGUGAACAGCUGUCAACACCGGCUAAUAAGGUUGCUGUCAUAAAUUUAAAGCUUCAAGAUACUGAGACUACUUCAGGAGAGUCAGAGGUUAAAUUUCAGGUGUCAAGGGAUACAUUAGGCGCCAUGCUUAGAUCAAUGGCUUACAUACGCGAACAGCUUUCAAACUCUGCCGAGAACCAGUCAGAGCCGUCGUCCAAAAGGCAAAGGAAGGCAUUGUAAUUGUGUGCUACCAAUUUCAUGACCAGAUGGGGCAAUUAUGAUCCCUGUAGAUGGAAAAUUACGGUCACCACUCGGUAUUUUGGGAUGAUUAUAUUUCCUUAUUUUAUGUAGGAUAGCUUUUUCCCUCCUCCCCCUCUUUCCCUAUAUUUGUACAUGUAAUCUAUCAAGUUU